AUGCUUCUGCAUCGCGUAGUAAGCGAGAGCACCGUGUGCUUGAUGAGCCAUGAAAGACGUCAGACGUUGGUAAUGAUCGAUCGACUUGCGUUUCAGGUGUCGUUGAGCAUCUACAAUCCGCAGAACACUGUCGCCGGUCAUACACCACGUACGACACUCUUUUACCUCCCACGUAACACAACGCAGUGGAUACCGUGGUCGAGCUCGGGUGAUGAAACCGAUUCGGAGGCGUCAACGAGCCAAGCACCUUCGACAAUUCUGGCACAAAGUCAAGCUAAAUACGACUUCCUGAUGCUUCUGCAUCGCGUAGUAAGCGAGAGCACCGUGUGCUUGAUGAGCCAUGAAAGACGUCAGACGUUGGUAAUGAUCGAUCGACUUGCGUUUCAGGUGUCGUUGAGCAUCUACAAUCCGCAGAACACUGUCGCCGGUCAUACACCACGUACGACACUCUUUUACCUCCCACGUAACACAACGCAGUGGAUACCGGUAGUCUGA